CGGUCGACGCUAUUUGUUUUACUUCCGUUGUACCUUACCUUUGAUUGGCAGAACUAAGUUGAAGGCGGUAUAUCCCACUACGUGCUGCGUCCAAUGGCCAGCGUGAAAACUAGCAUUUUUCACUGACUCAAUUUAGCUUAUCGAUGGUGCAAAUAUGUCUAUAUUGUAUACGAUUUUGUGCACAAGAUUCAACUUCUUAGAAAUGCGGUAUCGUUAUUUUGAAUGACUCCCAAGGAAAACACAGUCAGACGACAUUUCGGUCAUCCAAAAUAGUGUGAAGCAUGGCACGAGAGUCCUGGAAACGUUGUUAGGACGGACAGUCAAUGGGAGAGGAGGGCACAUAGGUUGGAAACAAUGUCUUACAGUAACCGUGAGCUGGUGGUGUUUUUCAUAAGCUAUAAACUUUCACAGAGGAAUUAUCCCAUUUCUCAGUUGGGACUGGAAGAUGCCAGUGAACGGACUAAUGUUGACAAGACCAAUGUAUCCCCUGUUAAUGGAUCUGCUGAAAAUGACCGAAAUUGCAGAGGCAGUCUGGGGAUAUCUUCACCUCCUCAGGGGGGUAUAGAGGCGGUUAAAGCAGCUCUUAGAGACUCUGCAGAUGAGUUUGAAUUGCGUUACACCAGAGCCUUCAAUGAUCUCUCUUCUCAACUGCACAUCACCCCUGCCACAGCAUACCAUAGCUUUGAAAGUGUAAUGAACGAGGUGUUCAGGGACGGCGUCAACUGGGGACGUGUAGUAGGCCUGUUUGCGUUUGGUGGUGCUCUUUGUGCUGAGUGUGUCGAGAAGGAUAUGAGUCACCUGGUAGUGCGUAUUGCAGAUUGGAUGACAACCUACCUGGACAAACACAUCCAGCCAUGGGUACAGAGACAGGGUGGAUGGGACCGAUUUGCUGACAUUUUCGGCAGGGAUGCUGCUGCUGAGGUUCGACGUUCCCAGGAGAACCUAAGAAGAUGGCUGCUAGUAGGGGCGAUACUGCUUGCAGGAGUGUUGGUUGGCUCUCUCAUUGCAAAGAAACAUCAUUGAAGUGGAAAAGCUGCACCCAGUUAACCCUCAGUACAUUUAAACGCUAAAUUGGCAUAAAAUAGAACGGAAUAGUUUAUGUUUACAUUAGCCCAGUCUGCUUGUGCACUGACCAGAAUCCUGAUUCCUAACCCUGGCUGAAGAAGUUUUUGGGCUGAUACAUGUAGCUUGGUGAGUUAUUUUACUUCUCACCUUUAUUCGUCCUGUCCUGCAAUUUUCUCACAUUUCCAAGUUACCUGUAACAUAACAUUUUAUAAUAUUGUUUCUAUAUUGUUAUUGCUUUGUUUGUUUUGAUUUUAUGGACAGUGGUGUUGCACUCAAAACAGUAGUGGACCUGAUAAGCUAAGAGUGAGUGGGAUAUUUACAGUGGUUGUGAUAAGAGACUGUUUGUGUUCUUUUUAUUAUGUUAGCGUGUUAUCAACCAUACCCGAGGAGCGAUUUUAAGAUUAUUUUUCAAAUUGACAUUCGAAAUAUAUUCAGCAUUCCAAAAGAUUAUAAUUACUUUGCUCUUUAAGUUCACUCAAAUCGUACAACUGAUUUAUUUUGCCAUUUUCUAAUGUUAAAUUCCAUCUUGCUGUACUUGAUUACGGGCAUGCCUAAAUAAUAAAACAUAUUUAUGUUUUUAUUGUUUGAACUUA